CUGUCAAAUUUAAAAUAGAGUGACAUUACACACGUUUAUGUUUCCUUUAUAUAAUUUCAUAGCAAAUUUUCAUAUGGCUUAACCUAGUGUUUUUAUACGAUUGGGGUCCUGUAAAAUGGCGAACCAGGAGGAAGAUAGGCUCAAGAAUGCCGGGAAAGCCGUAGUUGUAAUGGAUCAGCAGCCGGCUUCCGAGAAUAGAAACAAGCCCUCAGGGCAGGACGGGCCAAGUGACGGGCCCCACAAAAGGCCAAAAGUACCUGGUAUCCCUUCGGUAGCAGAGAAUGUAAAAGAAGAUUUAAAUCAGACGAGUCACGUUAUAUCAAAGCCAUAUGAAGAAAAUAAAGUGCCCAAGGAAAUCAUCAAUCAACAGGAUGCCAAGAUGCAAUCCACAACUUCACAUGUGCCAGUUGUGAAACAGUCUGAGACCAUAGAACUAACGAAAAUAGGGUCAGGUCAGGUGGAUACCGUGCCAGUAAUUAAAAAAUGUCCCACAAUUACAUUAACAAAAAAGAUGGAUCCUAACUUCGAAAAGCGUUUCGUAACCACAUUUCCAGCAGAAAUAGGAUCUGAGCCAACAGUGUCAGAAGUUCCUAGAAGAUUUGAGGGCACGGUAUCGAAAAAGAAAUUAGAACAUAUUGCAUCAAGUGCUGUUAAUCGAUCGGAAGAUAAAGGAUCGGAAAUUAUAGAAUCGGAAUCUACCAAAAGAGUAAAACAAUCCCAACCAAUUCCUCCGGAGGUAAAGCCUCCGAUCACGAAAGCUUCCCUGGCCUCGAAGACAGAUGAUAGGUCAGACGAAGACGAAGACAGUCUCUCAGAGAAUAUUGUAGUGCUACCUCGUCGCGAAGAAACCAGGAUCUCCGCCUGGACGACAAAUGAUGAUAUUGACGAUAUAUCACAGAAGAGAGUUUCCUGGGAUGAUUUUGAAUAUCUUAAUAAAGUGCAAUUACAGAUACUGAGUGACACACCCUCGACCUCCAGAGCUAGCAUGCCAUAUACAAAGCCAUGCGGCAUUGCUCUAUGCUUACCUCAGAGAUCUCAGUCAGCCUUUAACAGCAGCAGCACAGCUAAAACAGGAAUCCAUAUUGAAAUCUAUAAGGGAUCUUUAGUACGAUCUCAAAGUCAAUUUAGUGUUUCCCAAAUGGAGGACAUAGAGAAUAAAAAGAUGCCGGAGACAUCAUCUGAUGAUGAGCAAUUUUCAACAACACCGCAUUGCUUGACCGUGCUACGAGAGAAGCUUGAUACUAUAUGCGACAAAAUAAUAAAUUAUUUCAACAGAUGAAAUUCUCAUAUUAUAUUUUGAAAUAUUUACAAAAAAACAUAGUAAACUUUUUAUUUU